CACAGAGGAACCCCGACUCCAAAAAGCAAAAUAACAACAAAAAGUACUGAACACAAGGCCAUAGGAUCUCGGAAUGCUGCAGGAGAGACUUUGUGAAGAUGAGUAAAGAAAUGAAUAUGAACAUAAACAGGGGAGGACAGAGAUAGGAUGGGACCCAGGCUUAGCUGUUCAGAAAAUGCUAGCACUCUACUCUGCCUGCUGAGAUUGGCAAGCAGCAGCUGCACCCCCCCGGGGGGGGGCUGACUCCAGGGCCUGGAGUAUCAGAGCGGGGGGUGCAGCCAGAGCAGGAGGUGCUCCAUCAAUGACUUCCUAGAACCAGGACCCAACCCAUACAGCUGGUUAAAUCCAGGUGGCCUUAGAAAGAUCUCCCUGCCCUCUAUCCCCACAUACCACUUUCUCCCCUGAGAGCCUCUGUCUCAUAAGUGCUGAGCCCAAGGACCAGACUAUUCCCCAUGGGCGGAGGAAAGAGGGCUCUUCCCAGUCUAGUAAUAGAAGAUUCCAGGAGAUGAGUGUGGCGGCUGUUCUGGACCAACCGAUGUGCAGGUUAGGGCAGCGCUGGGGUUCCGAUCCCAGUCUGGAAGAUUGGUCUCCGCGUCGACCCCUCUUCGGUUCUUCUGCCACUCACUGGCCAGGACAAGCCAGGAUUGGGCAGCCCAGAGGGUGCAGGUAAAGGGCUGGGUGCAAGGCGGGUGGCAGUGAGAGCCGGUGGCGCGGGUGCGGCACGUAGGGAGACGUAGCUGUGGUGGGGUUAAGCGCCCACGGAGGGGGCUUUUGACAGUGGGAAGGGGGGGGUCCCAGCCAGAAGGCCGAGCGCUCGGUCCCCCUGGUGCCGCCACCUCCGUGGCCCAGCCCGUAUCCAUCCGUGUGAGUCGGCGCGGGAGACUUGGUCGCAGCCAAAGCCGCAGCCGCGGAGGGUGCGGACAGUAAGUGCGGAGCAGGCGCGGGAACAUGGGCUGAAUAUCGGGCCGGGACCUGGGAGGCGACUGGCAGGGCGGGACACCCACCUCCCGCGCGCGGAUGCACGUGCGUCCCGUCGCGGGUCACGCUCGGAGGCGUCGGCGUAUGGACGCGGGGGAGGUGGUGGGAGCAAGUGGCUGUCGUGCGGUGUCACGCGGAUCUGGUGUGUGUGUGUGUGUGUUAGCGCACUCGGAUCUCUAGGGUGGUUCCACACGGCGGACACGCCCAUGGUGGUCAGUUGUGCCGGGGUCUGCUGGAGUAUGGUGCAGUGCUACGCCUGCAGCUCCGGCAGUUUGCGGCUAGAGACGAGGGGUGGAGUGUGGAAUCGUGGAUUUUUGUGACACGUGUGGCGGACAGUGUAUAUAUGUGUGCGUGCGCUCCUGCCAUCUCCCAUUGCCCCCUUAGGUGACAGCUGUCCUGUGGGCCGCUGUAUCUAUACUGCCCUUCCUACCCUGUGCCUUGCUUCUUCCACUUCUUCCGGGAACCUGGUGCCCACCCUUGCUUUCCUUGGCUCUGGGCCUUGCAUCUACCCUGAAACCAGAUCUGCCUCUGGGUUCCUCGAAAGGCCCACGGAUGGGUGGGGACCCUGCUGAUCCCUGCUAGCCUGGACUCUGGAAAGGCAGGAAGGGACAGAUGCAUCUGAGGAGGCUGCCACAGCCGCACUGGGAGAGCCAAGUAUGGACCUGCUAUUCCUGUCUCCUAUUCGUGGGCUCCAGCCUCUCCUCCUGCUUUGCCUUGGAAUGCCCUGGUCUUCCCUUGGUCUUCUCUAAGGCAGAGCUCCCUAUGCCUCACAACUCCCAACAUUUCUCACAUACCCUGUCUCUUCUUAGGCUGGCUUAUUGUCUCCUCCUUCCUCCCACUGUCCUCAUGGUUAGGCGGGGGUGGGGGUAAGAGGGAGGCUGGAGGUGGGGGCUUAGGUACCUGGAAUUAGGUGUCUAGCCAGAGGAUGCUGUGGGGGUGGGGAGGAGUUACAUCCAUGGACAGACAAUAAAGCUAGGAGCUCCAAAACCUUGGGGAGUCUAAGAUAGAACAGAAAUAUGCAGGUGCCAAAUCUCUUCUUAACCCCAAAAUCCUUGGUUUGGCCUGCAGUGACCACUGCUCCCCAGGAGCUCCCUGCUCCUCCUCCCCAGGCAGGAAGUGGAGCUGGACCUGCCUCUGGAAGGGCCAUGCGCAGCACCACACUUCUGGCCCUGUUGGCAGUGGUGCUGCUUUACUUGGUAUCCGGAGCUCUAGUGUUCCAGGCUCUGGAGCGGCCUCAUGAGCAGCAGGUUCAGAAGGACCUGGAGGAUGGCCGGGACAAGUUUCUCAAGGACCAUCCAUGUGUGAACCAGGAGAACCUGAGGAAAUUCAUCAAGAAGUGGCACGUACCACCCGGACUGGUGAGAAUACUGUCUGCGGUGCUCUUUCUGCUGAUUGGCUGCCUGCUCUUUGUCCUAACUCCUACCUUCGUGUUCUCCUAUAUGGAGAGCUGGAGCAAGCUGGAAGCCAUCUACUUUGUCAUAGUGACACUCACCACCGUGGGCUUUGGCGAUUAUGUGCCCGGCACUGGCUCCGGACAGAACUCAGCCUACCAACCUCUGGUGUGGUUCUGGAUCUUGUUCGGCCUAGCCUACUUCGCCUCGGUGCUCACCACUAUUGGCAACUGGUUGCGAGCGGUGUCCCGCCGCACACGGGCAGAGGUGGGUGGCCUCACGGCGCAGGCUGCUAGCUGGACCGGAACAGUGACAGCACGAGUGACCCAGCGAGCCGGACCUAGCUGCCCGCCGCCAGAGAAGGAGCAACCGCUCCUGCCCUCCUCCCUGCCGGCACCGCCUGGUGCUGCUGAGCCAGCCUGCAGGCCAGGAUCCCUUAUGCCUUCAAAGAAGGCCGAGACACCUUCUCCGCCCACAGCUUCGGCUCUGGAUUACCCCAGUGAGAAUCUGGCCUUCAUCGACGAGUCCUCAGACACGCAGAGUGAACGUGGCUGCGCCCUGCCUCGCGCGCCUCGGGGUCGUCGCCGUCCCAAUCCCGCCCGGAAACCCUCGAGACCCCGGGGUCCUGGGCGUCUCCGAGAUAAGGCCGUGCCGGUGUAGGGGCAGGGUCCCUGGUCCG